CGCCCUCCCCAGCGCCCCGUGGCCGGUGGGGACCGGGCUGUCGGCCAGGGAUGCGGGACCGAGCCCGGGCGGAGCGCACCCUGUGCACAUCUGUCCCCCAGAGUGCCGCUUGUCACCUGUGGCUGCCAACAGCAGCUGGCUGUGAGCCAGACACCGAAACCCCGAACGUCCCAAGGUCGCCCUGCUGGCACUGCCGGUGCCUCGGAGGCUGCCAGCGAUGGAGCCUGUGGCAGAGCUUGCCUGGCAGGGAACGUCUGCUAUCGGAGCUAAUCUCCCUUGCUAAAACUCAGGACUACUAAUAAGAGCAGUUUUGUAGUGUUUGCUCCGAUUUAGCCACUGCUCUAAAACGAAUACAUCAUGGAUAAAUAUGAAAUCAUUAAACAAAUUGGAGAAGGAUCUUUUGGCAAAAUAUUCCUGGCAAAAGGAAAAACGGAUAAGGAGCCAUGUGUUAUCAAAGAGAUCAAUUUAACUAAGAUGCCUGUGAAAGAAAAAGAAGCCUCUGAGAAAGAAGUCAUUCUGCUGGCCAAGAUGAAGCAUGCAAAUAUUGUAACCUUCUAUGCUUCUUUGCAAGAAAAGAACAAGCUAUAUAUUGUGAUGGAAUACUGUGAUGGUGGAGAUUUAAUGAAGAGGAUAAAUAUGCAGCAUGGAGUGCUGUUUGAUGAGGACCAGAUUCUCAGUUGGUUUGUGCAGAUCUCCUUGGGCUUGAAGCAUAUUCACGACAAGAAGAUUUUACACAGAGAUGUAAAAACACAGAACGUUUUUCUUAGCAAUAAUGGAAAGGUAGCAAAGCUUGGGGACUUUGGCAUAGCAAGACAGUUGAACAGUACUACAGAGUUUGCCCAUACCUGUGUAGGGACCCCCUAUUACCUUUCCCCUGAGAUAUGUGAAAAUCGACCAUACAACAACAAAACAGAUAUUUGGUCUCUUGGCUGUGUGCUUUAUGAGCUGUGUGCACUAAAGCAUCCUUUUCAAGGCAACAGUUUGCAUGAACUAGUGCUGAAGAUUUGCAGAGGACGUUUUCAACCAGUGUCUCCUAACUAUUCCUAUGAUCUGAGGAUAUUAAUUUCCCAGUUGUUUAAAAUAUCUCCAAGAGACCGACCAUCCAUCAAUUCUGUUCUAAGGAAGCCCUUCUUGCAGAAACUUGUUCUCAGGCAUCUGCCCCCUGAGGUAGCACAGGAAGAACUCAUUCACACUGUGAUACCUAGAAGAAGGCCUUCAGCAUCUCACUCUGGAGCCAAGCAGAUACAAGCAUAUAAACUAAAGAAAACAAGAGUCCAAGACCCAGUUUCUCUGGAAUGUGGAGCAGUGAUGCCUUUCAAGAAACAAGAAUUAUUUCAAAGAAAUGAAUGGAAGCCUCCUUCAAGAGUACAACAGCCUAUUAUUCAGCUACAGACCUCCAGAUUUAAUAUGGCAGAAAGGCCAGAAAGCAUUAGAGUACAUAACCAUUACGGUCAUUACUAUGAGAAGCUUGACAACUUGCAAAGGAAAGCUAAUGCACAUUAUGACCUUUCUCAUAUCAGCCAAAGAGGUGAAGAUUUCUAUAAAGUAAGGGGACAAGUUGCACCUCCACCUCCACCAGCUGAUUGGACUGCAGAAUUUCUUCAAAGGCGGUUUGAAGCCCAGCAGUACAAGAUUAAAGUGGAAAAACAGAUGGGAUUGCGACCAUCCUCUGCUGACCCAUAUCGUGACCAAAUACAGCAGCAGAAAACACAGGAAGAGCAUCUCAAAAACCAUCAGCAAAACAUGUCUAGAAAGAAUGAAAUGAAAGAACAGGAGUAUUUGAAACAAUUGCAGAAAAUUCGGGAAGAAUACCACAGUGAUAUGAAAGAAUUCAGAUUUAGAGCAGGAGUACUCCAGGAGAACCAGAAAAUACAAGAUAAAACCUAUCUUGUGAGGCAAGGGAAAGCUGAGCACCAGUCUGAAAACAAAGCUAUAUCUGGAACAGGAGAAGAAUCACUUCAGGAUACGGAGGAAAACUUUAAACAAGUCAGACUCCAGGAUAGCCAAGACCAAACAAUAUUAGAAAAGAGACAUAACACAAAAGUAUCCAUCUUUACUUUAAAAUUUGAAAUUAAUUUAGAUGUAUGUUUUCCUGAGGAAGACAGCAUUCAAGAAGCAGAGGUACUAGAUAAACUCAAUGAGACUUUAACUUUUGUGGAUGGUGAGAAUCUAAAGGAGAAAUUGGUGGAAGUUUAUGAAAAUCCUACAGACAGAGCUUUGGAAAAACUGUCUGACUACCCAACAGAGUCUAUAUAUGAUAUGAAAAAGCCCAGAAAACAUUGGCAAACUGGAGCCCCUCAGACACUACUGAAUUUUUUAGCUGAUGCUGAUGUCACAUCUGCAUGUCCUACUAUGGCUGACAAUGAACUUGCUCACCAUGGUAUUCUGCCUAAAGACAUCCCAGAAAACAGGAAGCAGUGGAAACAGACACCACCCGAGACACUCCUGAACAUCCUAGAAAAAGCAGACCUGUUUGAUGAUUCCUUUAUCUGUUUUAAGGAAGACAAAGGAGAGAGAUUAACUCUGUUGCCUGCAGAAGAAAACAAGGAAGAUGAUUUAGGAACAAACUCUGCUGUUGCUGUUGAUGAAGGUAGACUUGAGCCAAGAUCAGAUGAUGAAGACACGAAUUUUGAAGAUUCUGAAGAUGAACUCAGACAAGAGCUGGAGGAAUCUCUGGAAAAAUUGUCAACUUCUCCAGCAGAGAGAACCAUGGAGUCUCACAUUUUUUCAAUAAAUAAAGGUCAAACAGAUGAAGAAAAGAUGAGUUUACCUCACAAACUUGGAAAAUCUGAUGAUGAUUUAGAAAAUAAUUAUAGGUAAUUUGGUGUGGAUGCGCAUCAUGAAGAACAAUCAAAUUUAAUAGAAGGCUGUAAUUCUUUAGCUUUAAAGGAAAACCAAAUCAGGGUACUUUUUAGAUGUCUGAACAUUGAAAAAUCCUCACCCAGACUGAAAUGCUGUUUCUUCUAUCAUUCUGAGCUACCUGGACAUACCUGA